GCAGGACAGAUUGACAGCUAUCCUCCUGCUAGCUGUUAGCGCGGUGGCUGCACCAGCGGCUGUUUGAAUGGUUUAGCGGUGGAAAGCAGAACUGACCUGGGAUGCGAGCAUUAUAGAAAUCGACCCUCGCUUCACUUAAAAAAACAGACGCCACCCUGCUCCGGACUGUAAAAGGUGAGAGGCUGAGUGAGUGAGGGAGCGAGUGAGAGAAGGAACGAGUGAGAGAGAGAGAGAAAGAGAGAGGGAGGCCAUGGAGCAGCAGAGACAGAGAACUCUCUCCACAUCUGGAGAAUCGCUGUACGCCGUGCUGGGAGUCGACAAGAACGCCACAACAGAGGACAUCAAGAAAUGUUACAGGAAGCUGGCACUGAAGUUCCACCCAGACAAGAACCCAGACAACCCAGAGGCAGCCGAAAAGUUUAAGGAGAUCAACAACGCCCACUCCAUCCUGUGCGACACCACCAAGAAGAACAUCUACGACAAAUACGGCUCGCUGGGGCUCUACGUCGCAGAGCAGUUCGGAGAGGAGAACGUCAACACCUACUUUGUCCUGUCCAGCUGGUGGGCGAAGGCCUUGUUCGUCUUCUGCUGCCUGGCCACAGGCUGCUACUUCUGCUGUUGCCUGUGCUGCUGCUGUAACUGCUGCUGCGGUAAAUGUAAACCUCGGCCGCCCAUGGACCAGGAGCCUGAGUUUUACGUGUCCCCGGAGGACCUGGAGGCGCAGAUGACCGCUGACGAGAGAGAUGGCGGUGAUCCCAUCGUGAUGCAGCCGUCAUCAGCCACAGAAACCACCCAGCUCACCACUGACGCCCACCAAAGCUACAGGACCGACGCAUACUAGACACACACACACACACACAUACACACGCGCACACACACACCAGCAAAUACUACACACCAUCCCUCACAGUCAGCACGAGCUCAGCAGCUCAGACCAGACUUUAAUCUUGGUGUAAAUUUAAACUUUUCAUUGUGUGGGAGAAGGAGGAGGAGGGGCUACUUUAAAAGAAAAUGAUUGUUUAAACAGUAUUUACACACAGCAGACACUCACGGUUUUACCUGUGACAGGUAAGCACACGGAGCCUAAGAAUCACCACUGAAAUACUUUGAAGCCACAGUUUGUUCUCUGUUGAGUUUUCUGCUUUCCACAUGCAGUCUGCACAACUUAACGUUUCCUCGCGUCCUCGCAGACUCUCAGCACGCAGCAGUGCAGGAUGCACGAGACGCCGAUAUAUUUUUUUAUCCUUUGUUAUCCGACGAUGACGAGGUAAUCAAUAAUAAUCGAAAAUCAGAAUCAGAACUAAGUGACUCGAGAUGACGGCAUUAAGAAAUAUAAUUCCAAGCACAGCCGUUGGGUCAAAAUUCUGUUUUUAAACCAGAACGUUAACUCCUUUUUAACCCAACUGUCCACAGUCUGAAAAACAGUCCAGCUGUUUCAGCUGCUGGGUGAGAAGCAGGCUCGUCUCUCAGCGCGGCGAUGGCGGGAAGGCGAUGGCGGGUGUCGUCUGUCUGUUGUGGGUCGGCGGCUCCGUCAGGCUCGGCACAGCAGUGACUCACACUGUUCACUUCAACCCGCCUGUGUUACGCCUUUUCGUUCUGAAGUCGUAUCUUAGUACUUCACUCUUAUUAGGGCUUGAAGAAGUCAGAUGGAAGCAGCAACAACUGACAGACCUGCCAUCGACUUACGACUUUUGUCCAGUUUCGUAUUUCUUUUGUCGCCUCGGCCCUCCUUUUCCUCCUCCUCCUCCUCCUCUUCUUCCUCUUCUCGCUCACUUCGUCCUUCCUUUACAUCCUCUUCCGCACUUUGAGCUCGCUGAAGGCUGUGCGAGCCCCUGCAGUGUUACGAACACACACAUCAGUGACCUCCUCUGCAAGGACACACACACACACACACACACUCUGAUUGAGCCCCGUUCGGUUUUAGUUUUCAGUUUGUUUUGUGAGAAAGUGAAAAUGCUGUACAUGUGGUGUCGUGUAGAUUUUACGUCAUUUCUUUGUUUCCUUCUGUUUGUUUCUGUAGUUCUGCUUUUCAUCCGUUUCUGUCUUUCUCGUUUAUGUUGUUAAUGAAGGGAGGAUGUUGAUAUCCAGAGUCUUGUUUGUGUGGCAGUUUUAUUAGAUUAACUGAAGAGCAGUUUUCAACAAUCAGACGGAUUAGCUUAAGUGUAGUUUUAAAAUAUCACUUUUUUAAAAAAAUUAUUUGUUGCUCACCGGUCGCACACUAGCUCUGCUAUUGUAGUACAGGAACGUUGUGGUUGUUCGUGUCAAUUUUUGAUUUUUAUAUAAAAAAAAAAGAAAAGAAGGAAAGAAAAAAAGCACACACACAUAAACACACACACACACACACGCUAAACCAAACAGGCUAAUUUAUUCACGGUAUUUUUUUGAUUCCUCAGUGAAACACUUUGUUCAUUAUGUAUUCAUGCAUAUCAUGAGAAAGUGCAAUAUAAACUAAAACUCUUCCAUGGCUCCACUUCCAAUCACAAAUUUCAAAGGUUGUUUCAGGAAAUCUGCAGAUUCGUAAAAAGUCUGAGAAAAGUCCUAAAGUAAUUCAGUUUGAGCCCACAAAAGGAGGAACGUAGACCUAAAUCAACCAAAUGUGCAUGUUCACUGAAAUCUGAAAUCCCACGAGUCCUUUGUCCCAUCAGUACGAAGCAGAUUUAAUAAACGUCAUAUCAGCUCUGAUGAAGAACUGAGCAGUAAAAAGAUGCUUUGAGGGCUCCAUAAAUGGUUUUUAUUGAACCUGCAGAUGUUCUGUUUUAACCAAAUUUCUCUUUACUUGAUCAGCUUUGUGCUUCAUGUCGUGCGAUCACUGAAAUGCUGAAAACCCAAAAUCCCUCCUUUCUUUUCCUCCGUUGACCAAACAUGCAACAGCCUGAAGCGCAUUAGCCUGGAGCCACGAAGCUUCCAGUGUUGCGUCUGAAACAACCACAUGAAUAACACGAGCUGAUGUGAGUGUGACUGUAGCAACCAGAUGAUGAUGAUGAAGCAUUAUUUUAUUUAUUUUAUUUUUCUGUAUGUUUUUAAUAAUUGAUUAACAACUAGCUGGUAUGUUGAGCGGAUGUUUAGGAGUUUAGAUGUGAACCGUUUUGACGGUGAAGUGGCAAAACGGCAGAGCUGCUGUAUAAACACGCAGUGGUGCAGUACAAAGACGUGUAGAGGUUUUCUGUUUGUAGCAUGGACUGGUCAUGUUUGCUGUCUGUCAGGCAGACUACUGGGCAAAUGAAGUAUCUGAUGUACUGUUGUAAAAUAAAUGUUUCUGUUGCUUCAGA